AUGGCCGACCUAGGGAAGAAAUACUGCGUGAACUGCCUGGCAGAUGUUACGAAUUUGCGGAUUCGCUGUGCCGAAUGCCAAGAUAUUGAACUUUGUCCGGAGUGCUUCUCCGCGGGUGCCGAAAUCGGCAACCACAGACGAUGGCAUGGCUAUCAGCAAGUUGACGGCGGGCGCUUCUCGCUCUGGGGUCCCGAGGCAGAGGGAGGAUGGACUAGCAGGGAAGAGCAGUCGCUGCUCGAUGCCAUCGAGCAAUAUGGAUUUGGUGGGGUUGGGGGCAUAGGUGGAGCUGUAGGACUGGGAGGUGGUACCUCCAUUAUUCCGACAGGGUCGCUGGGCUCCUCUGUAGCAGCAACACCGAAACGCAAAAUCACCAAGGAAGAGAAAGAGCAACGGACGAAACUACGGACACUCUGCCAGUUCAUGCCACAACGAGAGUUUGAAGAAUUCUUUGAUAACAUGCACAAAGAGCGCAUGCUGCGGGUGAAAGUUCGGGAGCUUCAGCGUUAUCGGCGGAAUGGCAUCACGAGACUCGACGAGUCGGCCGAGUACGAGGCGGCACGCCACAAACGGGAAAAACGGAAAGAAAAUAAAAGUAUUGCUGGGUCAAAGAGAGGUAGCAGUGGUGGAGGAGGAGCAGCCGGGUUUGGAGGAGGAGUUGGAGCAGGAGGUGGGCUUGGCGGAGGUGGAGGAGUCAGUGCCAUCAAAGAGGAGGGGAAGGACAGUGAGUUCUCAGCCAUCGAGAACCUGUCUGGCUUUGAGCUGCUGUCCGAUCGGGAGAAGGUACUGUGCAACUCUAUGAACCUAAGUCCCACACGCUAUCUGACUGUCAAGACUAUCAUCAUCAAAGAUCACUUACAGAAAAGGCAGGGCAUUCCCUCGAAAAGCCGCCUACCUAGCUACCUGGACAAGGUGCUGAAAAAACGGAUUCUGAACUUCCUGUCGGAGAGCGGCUGGAUAUCCCGAGAAGCCUCCUAACCACAGUGUCCAAAGAUUUGGCUGCAAAGAAUAAUGACUGUAAAUAUAUUUUUCUACUGUUUUGUAUUGCAUCUCAGAAAAGCCUGUGAAAACAAAAUGAC